UGGUUGAAAAGGGUGACAUUCAGAGCCCAAAAUCUGUCCUCCCCAUUUUCUCUUCACAAAGUUCCGUUGACUGUAACCGAAUCGAUUUUGCUUAUUUCACACAAAUCUAAUCAACUGUUGGUUAUUUUGAUACAUUGUGAGAGGGCGGUGAGUUCAAUCUGUUUCAACAGUGUGUGUAUCUGUGAUGGAUGCCAAGGCAUUGGCAAAAUCAAAGAGAGCUCAUUCUCAACACCAUAGUAAAAAGACUCAUUCGAGUCAAAAACCAAAACCUCCAUCAGCUGGUGCUAAUGAUGCCGCAAGUGCCAAAAGGCUGACAGGAAAGCAAAUUAGAGAGGAAACCCAUCAGGGUCAGCGUGGAUCUGCACUACCUUUGAAUUGGGAUCGCUAUAAGGAAGACUUUUAUUCAGGUUCUGAAGAUCCAUCUGGUGAUAGUGCAAGUCAAGCUCCCGAUAUUGUUGUGCCUAAGAGUAAAGGGGCUGACUUUCGCCACCUAAUUGCGGAGGCUCAAUCUCGGUUGCACUCAAAUCCUUAUUCAGAUAGUCUAUCCUCUUUAGAUGAUGUUCUGCCCGGAGACUUCAAUCAGUUUUUAGGCUCUAUGCUUGCAGUCAGGGGAGAGGGUGUUCUUUCAUGGGUUGGGAAUGAUAAUUUUGUUGUGGAAGACAGAUUAACUGCAACUCCUGAGGCAUCAUUUCUCUCCCUGAAUUUGCAUGCUCUUGCUGAACAACUUGAAAAGGUAGAUUUACCUGAGAGGCUCUUCAUUGAAGAAGAUCUAUUACAACCAAAACAGCAUGCAGAGAGAUCUAAGGUAAACAGCAGUCAGGAAUCUGAGCAAAUGCAAAUGACAUCUGAGGGAAAAGCAUAUGCAACGAUAACUGAAGAUCUAACUCUAUUUGCCGCUAAGAAUGUUGAGCAUAUAUCACUUGGCUCUGGCAGCCAGGCUAUAGAUGCAACAUUGUCUAAUGGAGGGUUGGAUUUGGUGGAUGAAGUUUACAGUGAUUUUAUUUCCAGUCAACAUGGCAAAUCCGGUGAAAGUAGAGCAGAGGACAAUUCAAAUUCUGCUUCUGUCUCUGACAAAAGAGAUUCAACGUUUGAAGCGGCAACUGCAGAGGCAGAAUUGGAUAUGCUUCUUAAUUCUUUCAGUGAGAGUAAACUUCUUGAUACUUCUGGCUUAAAGUCCGAAAAACCCUCAAGUGAUUUCCAUAGAGAAGGUACUCCAUUUCUGCCACAAGUUGCAAGAAAAGGUGUCGAUUCAUCUAAAUCUGCAGCCAUCACUUCCAGUUUUGAUGAUGUACUUGAUAAUUUAUUACAAGAAACAUCCACGAUGGUAAACCAAGGUGUUGAUUCGUCCAAGUCUGCGGCAGUUAAUUCCACUGUCGAUGAUUUUCUCGAUGAUUUAUUAGCAGAAACAUCCACAAUGGUAAACCAAAAUCGUUUGUCUCGGCAUGAGGAUGCGAAAGCUGUUCCAGACGAUAACAUUCAAUCCUCUUUAUCUUCUCAAUCUGCCUCAAAGUCAAAAGUCUUGAAUGAUUUUGAUUCAUGGUUAGAUACGAUUUAAUGGUUUGUUAAUUAAGAAACCUCACUCAUGUAAACUAAAAUGAUAGUAUAAAUUACUGAUCAAAUAUGGCUUUGCAAUUCUGGAGCUGAAUUAUAUAAUCCAUCAAUCCAACUUCUUAUGCGGAUAAUGUUUGCUGGCUUUGUCUGUUGGGACUGCUGCGGAAGGUCGUAACUUGGGCGUUUUUCUAUGGCUCUGCAUUGCGGAAUUUUGUUUCACUGUCUGUGUGAGACACCUGCCAUGUCGCCCGCCUGUCAAUUUCAUGGCCACUUGUCUUUAUCAUGCCUCAGAUAAUUUGGGAUUUACGUGGGGAGCCUCUGAAUCUAUUAUAAGGUACACACGACAUCUGCCCACUUGCUAACCCAAUAAGCGGUAGUUGUUUAGUCAGACCAAGAUAGAGAGAUAUAA